GACGAGUGGUUUUAUUUGGAGAAGUCACCUGUGGUCCUGGAAUGUUUCAGUCAGAGGACAGACUGUAGAAAGAGUAACCACAAAGAGUUAGCAAUCUUCUACCCACAGUAGCACUGCCCUAAUGUUGCACAUCUGGAUAUGGCCUCCUGGAUGGAGAGGGAGAACUACAAGGCCUCUCCCUAAAGCAGCCCUCCCUGAAGCUCAAAGGCCCAGCAUCAGGUUAAAGAAAUGGAACGAACUCAUUCCAGGGCUUCUUUAAAUAUUCAGAUAAACCCAUGUGCCCCUAACAGUUAAAUUAAGCUUCUCUUAGAAAAAGUAAGUCAAUUAGUUCAAAAUGUGGGUUAGAGCUUCUGGGUAUUUAAGAGGUUUUUUUUUUUCUUCUUCUUCUUCUUUUUCCUUUUCCGUUUUUUUCCUUUUUAGUUCAUUAGAAACACAGCCACAGGGCAGGUAUAUACUGACUCCUCCUCAUAUCCUGUGAGGAUCCACCAAAUACCUUGAUAUAUCUGGAUCUUCAAAUGCUGGUCCUUAACCUCUCUCUGGGCUUGGAAUGUAUCAUUGGCAUCAAGCUCCUUUGCUUGAUAUCCUGUCUUCACUUUCAUUAUCGAUAAUCGCCACAAGGUGCCUAACAAGGCUGCUAAGAAAGCCUGUCUCCUUCCUCAUGUAGCAAUCCUUUGUGAACUUUUGUCCAUAAAGGCAGGUCUCUGAGACAUUGUGAACUAUCAUUGUGGAACACACUUUGAACGUGAACUGCAGAAGUCAUUAGUCCUCAUGGCCUAGACACAAAAUAAACCAAGCAGAAACAAACCAAGAUUUGCUCAAGAAUCUGGCCUUCUGGCAGUGGUUUCUUGGCCAUCAUCCCUGAACAUUGCCCUGACUUGUGAAGUGGUCACCUAAGUGCUUUCUUUAGAGACUGUCCUACUUGGUGAUGGCAAAAAACAAUUGUAUCAACAUCUGGAGACAAAGUAUCGUCUUUCGUUUUUGUUGUUCACUUUGUUUUGAUCUCACUAGUUCAAUAAACUGUUUGAAUAUAGCAAAUAGCUUUAGAAAUAUUUUAUAUACUAAAACAAUUGUAAACAAAUCUAUCACUCAGAAACACUUAUUACAAGGACAUUAACAAACAUUAUUUCUUCUUCACUUUAGUUAGCAUUGUGAUGAAAUGGAAAUAUAUAUUAUGUAAUAAAUAUAUGUAAUAUAUGUAUAUAUAAUAGCAGUACUGAUGGGUGCUUCCGUGGAAUGUUUAAAGACGCAUGGCUAGAACAUAAGGAAAUGACUCUUCUUGCUAAUUAGGCUUGACUGUCUUCACAUUUGAAUUCUUUAUUGGCCAAGUGACAUUUUGUCAGGGUAUUGUAACUCAGGGAGACAGCGUGUUUUCCAAUUCUGCAAAUCCAUGAAUUGCUUAUGGAAAAACGCAUUCCUCUUGAGUGUUACUCAUUUUAAAAAGGCCCAGGAAACCAGUAAGUAACUCUUAGCUGGAAAGGUCUAGAAUUGCUGGUAGCAAUCAGAAUCUAAACAUUCUACUCCUGUCCAUCACUGUUAAGUUUACUGUGACCUGUUUUUCUGGCAUAGCAUCAAAACCAAAACUAUGCAAUGCUCCUCCUUGCCCCCAAAGAUGCACACAGAAAAGCCAAGAACUUGAGUAGAACUUUUUGCAGGUUAGUCUGGUUGAGUUGGGUGAGCAUUUCUUUUGUCUCCAGAUGUUUCAUUCUUAGUUCUUCCUAAACACCAAUGGGGCUUUACUUCCAAUACAUUAGGAAAAUAGAACCACUGUGUGACAAAGGUCAUCAGACCUUGUCUUUGACCAUUUCUGCAAUACUCAAAGCCCAGGGCCUCACCCUCACAGCAUGUCUUGCCAAAAUCCCCAAGUCACAUGCAGUGCAGAAACUUGAGUGUCAGGGAAUCACUUCCUUAAGAGUGAGAGUGGGGUGUGUGUGUGUGUGUGUGUGUGUGUGUGUGUGUGUGCCUAUGUCUAUGUCUGUGUUAAUUCUUUGAUUUCUUAGUGACUGUCUAUGGUAAAGAAGUUUGCUCAUGGGCUAUGGGCUAUGGAGCCAGCUUACCUAUCGUGGAGAGGUGUGGAAGACCUGGGCCAUGUGUUUUAACUUGUUAACACUUAUUUUAAGUGUUUGUUCAAUGCUGGAAGCCAGAUUGAGGGCCAAUUGCCUGCUACACUAGUGUUCUUUCACUAACUGCAUACCACAGCCUACAGCAUAACCUUUUAAACACAUUGACCUUGGUUUUCUCAAAAUAUGGGAAAUAUUGGAGUUUUAACAGCUAAGAGCUAAUGGUCCAGCCGAGUGUGGUUCAGUACAUCUGUCACUCCAGCACUUGAGAGGAGGCUGAGGCAGGGAGAUCUUGAGUUUGGGACCAACCUGAGCUACAUCAGUGUUUGUCUCUAAAAAUCACAAUCAAGUCAAACAAAAAACAAAAAUCAGAUCCAAUGGUUAAAUGUUUUCUAAUGUUUCGGAUACCAUGUUAAAUGCUUAAAAAUAGCAACUUAUUUAAUUUCAAAAUAAACAAUGUCCCAGAACAUAGAAUAAAGAAAAGAUUGAGACUUUUAUACAGAGUCACUUGAUAUAACCCAGACAACCAGGGUUCGGAAGGGAAGCCCUAAGCAGCCCUGUUCCACAGCAUACAGAUACAGUCAGCUACACACAAGUAUUUGUGCAUUCAUUGAAUAUUUUCUACAUGCCAGCCACCUUGCUAAAAUAUUUGGGGGAAAUCAAUGGGGUUACAGUCAUGGACAUAUUGUUGUCCUUUCAGAGUUUUUUUCUCUUCCACUUUAAGAGUUCAAAUUUCAUUUGAGUUCAGAAAACGUUACUCGAGAUGAUCCUGUAUUGAACACAACAAAAUAAAUAGUGAAAUUGGAAGGAAAAAAAAGACCUCAAAAUAGCUUCGAUUUGAAUUCAUAUUUAGCCUCAAAAGCACUUUAUGAAUCUUUAAGUAAUCAAACCAGGAGAGAGCAUGGUUUUCCCUUUUUUGAUUUGUUUCUUUAAAGUGAUUAACUAAAUGCUUUUUCUGGCCUCUGCCCAAGAGCCUACAAAAUCCUGUGGGCUUACCAAUGCAAAUCCUCUCCAACUCACCUCUCAUAGUAGUACACAGACACCACCAUCCCCUAGGUCUGCCUUUAGGGUGUUCACAGUAACUCAUUAACCCCAGUGGGUGGGGAGGAAGUGGUCCCUUCCUCUAUUGCAGCAAUAACUGUCUACAAAGUGUUCCACUAGAGAAAAAAAAAAUGACGAUAGUCACAUCCAUCCCAAACAGUCGAGAGCUCUCUUUAACUUCCAGGGACCGGUGUUGUCUAAUCAGUAUUUUGUCUGGCUUAUGAAUGGCAGAAUAUCGUUCAUGUUCUUUUAGGUUUUUUUUCAAGUUAUAAAUUCCUGAUAAGUUUGGGAUUUAACUAAUUACAAGCCCUGUUUGCUUGUUUGUUCAUUUAUUGAUAAUAAAUGUUUAGAAAGCUGGACCCGCCCUGGGCAGCCUUCUGAGACAUUUAAGUGUAUUGGGUUGGUAGAGAAAGCAAGGCAGUCCUGUACAAAGUUCUUAACAGAUGAGCCCCAGAAAACUGGUAGUGUUGUCUGAAGGUUUUGAUGGCUUUCAAAGAGGUUGCCUAGUGGUUUUCUUUAAAGGGUAUCCUAAUUGAUAUUGGCAACAAAACUGUGACAAUCUGAAUAGGAAUUCAGGGCAUAUAAAGCAGGGAUGUGGGUGUGUAGGAUUUCCUCCUCAAACAACGGUAGUCUCUACUUUCUGAGAUGGGGAAACACAGAGACCUAGGUGGUACUUUCUAAUGAUGUUGACAGAGCAUCUUGUGGAAGUUGCAAACCUCUCCAGGUGGCUCGCAUGGCUUGUGAUGAAAACUCUGACAGUCCGAUGGUUACAGCAAAAGUUCCACAUUGAGCUGGUUUGUUUUUGUAAUAAAGAAGCCACAGCUCUUGCACAGUUGUGAGUGGGGAGCUGAGUAAAUUUCAGGAUGUGAAGUCAAGUGGGGGACUUAGAAACCAGAUAGACUGACAAGUAAUAUUGCAUCAACAAAUAAAAGAGCAUUUUUAGCAAUCAUUUUUUUUUUCGAUUUCAAACUGAGUAUAUUGAACCAUGGGGUGUUUUUAAGAGAUGAUUUAAUGAUCGUAGAACUGAACUCUUUUCUGAGUUCAACUGUAAUUUUAUGCUAUUGGUUUUUUAAAAAUUAAGCAACCUUUCCCUGUUUCUUUCUCUCAUUUAGUGGGAGCAGUGGGGAAAGGAUGCAUAUUUAAUAUUUCUCGUUGUGUUUGCUUUGUUUUGUUUCUGGCGGUUCUGCUCAGUUGGUUAGUAACCUGAAGAAGUCUUUUUCAAUGUAUGAUGAAGUAGUCUUUUAAGUAUACAUUUUUGGUAGCUGGUCAGAAGCUGGUGCAAGAACAACAAUUCUGGAAACAUCAGGUCAAAGCAUACUUUUCAAGGUGUUUCUUUCGUCCCUAGUUUAAAUUCGGGUCCAGCCGGUUAUUCGGAAAAUUGUCAAGGCAGCUCCUGAAACUGCUGUUUCUCCAAGUCCGUUAAAAAGCGAUUCAAGCCUGGGUGGCAUUUCCCCCUCCCCACCUCUGCUAUCCCCCACCCCAAUCGCCUGGCUUUUGCCAGUAGGGACUUGCCCUGGGGGGUAUUUUGUCCUGGGAACACAAAACUAUUUUCUUUUCUGGAAAUACGUUGACGUCAACUGGAAGCUGUUUUUGGUUGCUUUGUUUCCCGGAGCGUCCAACCCAGCACACUGCCUCCGGCAAACUGCAAGCAAUUGGAAGCAGCUCCCCUAGAGGGGAGGGGAGCCGGUGUCUGCGUGGGAGCGAGUUGGGGGAGUGUUGUACUCGCUAUGCUGCAAAAGUGGGGAGAACUGGAGAGCGACUCUCUCCUGGACCCAAGCGUGGAACUUGACCCUCUAGUCGAAGUCCGGGACACAGCUUGGAGCCAGGGCACACCCCGGGUUCAUAGCGCUUCUAGAAGUCAAGGUUACUGGUAGUUAAGUGACUUGCCAGAGCCCAACAGAGUUCUCAGCACUGCAGCGAUUCUCCAAAAUCUGGCACCAUCACGGGACGAAAUUCAGGCACUCCGGAAGUGGCACUGUGGGCUGAGCUUUGAGCCAUGUGUGUCCACUUAGCUGCCCACUGCUCCAAGCUCCGAGAAUCUAGAAUAUUUCUUUACAUAUAUCCAGGGCUGAGACGGAGAACAAAAUGCUUUGACAAAUCUGACAGUCUCCCUAGUAGCACCUAGGGAAGAAUUCUCCAGAAGUAUAAACCUCCAAGAUCCUCGUCUGCUCGGACAGUUGUAAUAAGAGGGCGCAUGUGGGCGUGUGUGUGUGUGUGUGUGUGUGUGUGUGUGUGUGUGUGUGUGUGUAGUUUCCCAAAGGAGCUGGAGGGAACCUGUGAGACUGGGACUUGUUACAACUUGUUUUACACCUGGCAUGUCUUCCUGACGCUGUGGUGUCCAGGGCUGAGGAAGCUCUUGGAGAGCGACGAAAGAUGGCCACAGAAAAGCCACUUAGCCGGCCACUUGGCCCAGACUUAGCCUUUCUUUUUUCUUAUUUAACAUUCCUUGUAAAUUACAAUUUGAUGGAUGGUUUCUAUUGUGGCACAAAAUGAUAAACGCCCUGGGAGGGGACGGGGAGAAGGACAGGCGACAGGGAAGGAGGGAACAAAUAGUUGAGGCAGGACUCCCCACAGCUGAAUUGAGACAUAGAGGCAAAUUCCAAUGACGCACGCGGGGACCUAGCGAGGUUGCCUCCCGGGAGGCAUGGCCCGGCACUUGGACGCACUGCUGCGAUCUGGCUUCAUCGGUUCUUAAUGGCCUUGGGUCUCAGGCCUGGCUGGCAAGCCAGUGGACACUCGCUGGAGAAAGUUAGGAUGACCGCCCCGGUUACUGCCACCAACAAAUAGAAUAGUAAAGGUCUUGGUGUCGCGCUAGGGCGCUACCCCCAGGGCCGGGAGUGGGGCUGGUGAUGACGCGAGGACGUGCCCAGAGCCUGGGCGCGCCAGGGGCGGAAGUUGGCUGGAAGUGGGACAGUACCUCCUAUGGGAAAGCGGGACCCGGCGAGCUCUCUGGCAGUCUUUCCAGUUUCCGAGGUGCUCGCCCCCACGCGCCGGAGGCAGCACAGCCCGGAGGGCGAAAGCAAAGCAGUUGGCAAAACGAGAGCGCGCUAGAGAUCCUAAUUGCUAGAAUUGUGGCGAGAGCGGGGGCGACCCAAACCCAAGUUCACUUUUUCCACCCGCCCGCUCUCGCUUAUCCUUUAGGGAUCCGCACUGCUUUAGCGCCAACCUGGACACUCCUCGCCCCGGAGUGUUGUGUUAUUUUGCUCUAGGGCAGGGAGGAGCGGUCCAAGUGGGUGGCAAGUGGGUCCCUGGGGUCCCGGAAAACUGCUCUUCCCACAUCUCCCCUCCCACCAACCCCUCCCAGUCUUUCUUUCUUGCACUUUCGCGGGGCUGGCUAGACCGGCGCGGGCUUGCCCCAGACCUUUGGGGAGCGCCCCAGGUCUUUAAUGACAGCUUAAAAGUGGCAGUUGGAAAAGUCUAAACAGAUGAGGCUGACGUGGGGCGUGUUUUGCUCCUUAGCAAGAGUCGGGAUGGGAGCUGAGAGCCGCGCUGCUGGCCCCAGGCCCCCGCUCCUCGCCGCCAGCAAGUAGGUGGGGGAGCCGCUGCUGCCGCCAGCCCCAUCCCGCUCCCAAGCCUCGCCCGCUGCGCCCUGGCCGCGGGCGCACAGAGGGUGCAGGGCCUCCCCGAGCCUCCUCCACCCAGCUCAUUAACCUGCCUGCUCCGGGCGGUCCCGGACACCGGCUCCUCGCAGCAGCACCCGCGGCUGGCUCACUGCAGCAGCCUCCCGGAUCCCCCGGCUUCGGGGGGCAAUGAGGGGGCGGUGGAAGGGGCACUGCUCCUCCGGCAUUACCUAGUGAAGCGACACCGCCCCGCCCUCCCGCCGACCCUCCCUCGCGCCCGCCCGGGCCCGCGGGCCCGCUCCGCCAGAGGGACAGUCGGCCCAAUAUGUCAAGACCUCUGAUCACUAGAUCCCCCGCAUCGCCACUGAACAACCAAGGCAUUCCAACUCCAGCACAGCUCACCAAGUCCAAUGCUCCCGUCCACAUUGACGUGGGCGGCCACAUGUACACCAGCAGCCUGGCCACCCUCACCAAAUACCCCGAAUCAAGAAUCGGAAGACUCUUCGAUGGCACAGAGCCCAUUGUCCUGGACAGUCUCAAACAGCACUAUUUCAUUGACAGAGACGGGCAGAUGUUCAGAUAUAUCUUGAAUUUUCUACGAACAUCAAAACUCCUCAUUCCCGAUGAUUUCAAGGACUACACUUUGUUGUAUGAAGAGGCAAAAUAUUUCCAACUCCAGCCCAUGUUGUUGGAGAUGGAGCGAUGGAAACAGGACAGAGAAACGAGCCGCUUUUCACGGCCCUGCGAGUGCCUCGUGGUGCGUGUGGCCCCGGACCUUGGAGAAAGGAUCACGCUCAGUGGGGACAAGUCCUUGAUAGAAGAAGUGUUUCCCGAGAUCGGCGACGUGAUGUGCAACUCCGUCAAUGCAGGUUGGAAUCACGACUCGACGCAUGUCAUCAGGUUUCCACUAAACGGCUACUGCCACCUCAACUCAGUUCAGGUCCUCGAGCGGUUGCAGCAAAGAGGAUUUGAAAUUGUGGGUUCCUGUGGAGGAGGCGUGGACUCAUCCCAGUUCAGUGAAUACGUCCUCCGACGGGAACUGAGACGGACACCCCGAGUACCCUCCGUCAUCCGGAUAAAACAGGAGCCACUGGACUAAACAGACAUAUUUCUUAUGCAAAAAGAAAAUAUACACAACCAAUAACAAUAUGAGAAAAGGGACAUUUGUGUGCAGCUGGACAGUAAACCAAGCUCUGAACCUAAAAUUGAAUAAAAGACGUUUAUAUCCACUAGAAAUCACAACCUGUAUUCAUAUGAGAACAAUUGGAAUCAUGAUACCCUCAAGAUGUAAAAAAAUAUAUAAAUAUAUAAAUAUAUAUAUAUGUCAAAAGGUAGGAAAUGCGGAGAGAGAGAGAGAGAGAGAGAGAGAGAGAGAGAGAUAGAAAGGGCGCUGCAGUGGGUGCUGUGAUGACCAUGGAUGUCCUGGGCCUAUGGGGUCUCUGUCCAGUAAAUAAGCCAUGAGCAGGGAGGACAGAGUCUCCUCGCAGUUUCAUUGCCAACUGCCAUCCAUUGUUUCUUUUUCCUUUAUCUUUCUUCCUUUUCUUUUUUUUUUAAACAAACAAAACAAAACACCUUGGUUGGUGUUUCUUUGCAAGUGGAGGUUUCAUGUCUGGUCAGGUAGGGACCAGGAGGGAAUUCAGAGAACUGCUUAAGAGCACACCGCACCGGACGUACAGCAGACAGGACCUCUGGACUGCAGUCCGCACAGGACUGACACUCUGUCCACCGCACAGCCGCGACAUUUCCUUUGUUUUAAGCUGAUCGUUUGGCAGAGGGGCCAGAGUUAUUACUUGCUAGAGAUCCCCAGUUUCGGUCUGCUGCUUUCCUACAAUUUUUUCAGAUUUUAUAAUGUAUUAAAUACAAUAAACUCUGUUUUAAAAAAUGA